AUGCGGGUUCUUAUUGUCGGGUGUGGAAAUAUGGGUACAGCCCACGCCAAAGCUUAUUCCCUGCUGCCAGAGAUUCAACUUUGUGGAUUGGUUUCUACUGGAAGAAGUAAAGACGUACUUAACGAAAAAUUAGGUGGUGGUCAUCCUUUAUUCAACGAUAUUAAUACUGCCUUGGAAAGCACGAAGCCAGAUGUUGUUUGCAUUUCAACUUAUCCUGACACGCAUGAAGCCUUGGCUAUCAUAGCACUUGAGCAUGGCUGUCAUGUGUUUAUUGAAAAACCGCUUGCUGAUACAGUAGAAGGUGCCAAACGAGUCGUCGAAGCAGCUGAAAAGGCCGGAAAAAAGCUUGUGGUUGGAUAUAUCUUACGGCAUCAUCCUUCCUGGAAGAAAUUCGUGGAAUUAGCCCAAACAUUAGGUAAACCAUUAGUGAUGAGAAUGAAUCUAAAUCAACAAAGUCAUGGUCAGAUGUGGAUAGUCCAUAAAAAUUUAAUGAAAAGUUUGAGUCCAAUUGUCGAUUGUGGAGUGCAUUACAUUGAUAUUAUGUGUCAAAUGAGCCGUUCAAAACCUGUUCAAGUCAACGCCAUUGGUGCACGAUUAACUGAUGAUAUACCGGACAGUAACUACAAUUAUGGACAAUUACAAAUUCGAUUUGCAGACGGAUCGGUCGGCUGGUAUGAAGCCGGUUGGGGUCCAAUGAUGAGUGAAACUGCUUUCUUCGUAAAAGAUGUCAUUGGACCUAAAGGUUGUGUAUCUAUUGUUGCCAAGAACGCUGGAGCCGACGGAAAAUCAGAUAGUGUGGACAUGCAUACUAAUGCUGAAUCUCUUCGAAUCCACCAUGCUGCGUUGAAUGACAGUAACCAGUUCUUGCAAAAUGAUACUUGGAUUGAUUUGCAAGACGAGCCAGAUCAUCAAGAAUUGUGCAGACGCGAACAACAAUACUUGUUGAAAGCCAUUCAAGAUGAUCUUGAUUUGACCGAACAUCUACAAGAUGCUGUCAGCAGUUUACAGGUCGCUUUGGCGUGUGACGAGUCUGUGCGAAGUGGAUUGCCAGUUUAUUUGUAG